CUAAAGUACCGCUCUCGAUCGAUUGACCACACCGUCCUCAUUGGCGCAGUUCAUUUUCACCGUUGAUUUACUUUCCAUGUUUUCUUUUUCUUCGCUUGCUAAUCCUACCAAUACAAAUUAGGUUCCUGUACGAGACCAUUCAAGACUAUGUGUUGACCCCCGCUCUGUUGCCCCGUCUGCUUCUCGCGUCCAGGACGGCACUUUUCCCAGUAAAUGUUCCUGCGCCGCAGGGGGCGGAGCCUGGUCGAGCAGUGCAAACCCCGUUAUCAAUGCAUACCCCUACGUCAUUUGCAGCGGAGGGCGGCAAAGCCAACAUUACUAACAAAGGGAAUGCGAAUACGUCAUCGGCCGAGAACACUGGACCAUCAGCACCGGAAAUUGCUGCUAUCAGGCGACAUUGUGCGGUCAGUAUCUUGGCACUGAUUCCGCGGCCGGUUGCGCGGCGAUUAUUUGGUGCUGCGCACAAUAGUAGUAAUAAUAACAACCGUCAUACCAUCUCGAUCGAUAAUAACGAUCAACUUAACGGCCACGGCUAUAAUAACGGUUAUAGUGGGCACAAUAACACUACGAAUGACUCGCAGAAGCGGCAAGAGUCAGGGCCAACAGCUGGUGGAUCCGCUGAUGAUCGAGAACACGGGGCAGAAGAAGACGAAGAAGCGGUUCUCAUUGUGGCCAUUGAGAACGAACUUCUUGGUCUGCUGGCGGAUGAGUAUUGUAAUAAGCAUCUUGUGUAUUCGAUUAUUGAGACUGUUCUGGUGAGGCUUGUGCCUGAGUUGGCUGAGCGGUCUGUUGGGGAGUUGUUGGAGGAUCGGGGGGUUUCUUUUUCUUGAGUACGGAGUACCUUUUGAUCCUAGACAUGUCCAUAGAUAACGAGUUACGAAUGUGCAUAGCUCAAACAGUGAGAAAUAGA